AUGAUGAGUAUGGUUCCACAGUUAAUGUUAUACAGGGCUGGUUUAUGUGUGAAGUAUCUAUAUAUCGGAGACUAUCGAUACUGUUAUGCUGAGAAGGGGAAAGGAAAAAGUAAUAAACCAACAAUGUUGUUCCUUCACGGUUUCUCGACGUCCAAAGAUAUGUACUGUUCUGUUGUUAUGGCACUGGCCAAAGAUCUGCACAUAAUUCUAUUAGACAUGCCUGGUCAUGGAUACACAACACAGAAAGUCAAAGAUGACCAUUCGUUUGUAGCACAAGCAAACAAAAUACACCGGUUUGUAAAGGCUUAUGGUUUGGACAAAUCUGCAUUUCAUCUCUGUGGUACUUCAAUGGGUGGUGCAGUAGCAGGAAUAUAUGCUGCAUUAUAUCCACAUCAUUUGGUCAAAUUAACAUUGGUUUGUCCUGCAGGAAUUAUAACCCCCAAGCUAAGUAAAUAUGCUGAAAUGAUAAAGAAUGGCGAGGAAGACCGGCUUAGACCAGACACAGCGAAAGGUGUAAGGAACAUGUUGGAUAUGAUAGUGUAUAACAAACUGAGAGUACCAAACUGGGUAUUGAUGACAGAAAUGAAAAGUGAUUCUGCGCUAAAUGCUUUACAGGAGAAAUUGAAAGAUAUUAAGACUCAAACACAAGUAAUCUGGGGUGUCAAUGAUCAGCUCAUUGAUGUUUCUGGUGCAGAUGUGAUCAAAGAAGCAUUGGGAGAUAAGUGCCGAGUUGAUCUUUUAGAUAAAUGUGGCCAUACUAUUUCAUUAGAUCAUCCUUACCAAGAAGCCAAAAAGCGAAAGACUAUCCAGUUUCAACAACUUUCCAACUUCAGUGCCUACAAGGCCGAAGUCAAGGUUGUCAUCGACAGACGACUUGGCCGAAGGCGUUCGAAGGCGCGUUUUAGGCAUGUUACGGGGUCACCAGACAUUUCAUCUCUGCUGACGAUCAACUACAAACGCCAAGUAUCGGCUCCCACUGCGGGAAGCACCACCUGCGCUGCUCGCAGCAGUCACUCGACACCCCCAUCGUCCAUGUUGGUCUUUCAGUCCCGUCAGCAGCACCAAGAAAAUGAUGUGAUACCACGGACGGCAAGACUGGCAAAAAUGAAGACCCAGUUACCAUCACAGAGCAGGUUCAGCUUUGAGUCAGAGCUGACCUUUGCUCCAAAACUGAAUGCAACUAGCUUGAAAAUGGUGAAGGAACGUGGGAAUGAGUUCCGAUCGGGAGUCUAUCCAGUCCGACAGAAACCAAAAGAAUCUGAAAAGCUUUUUACAUUCAAGCCGCAAGUAAGCCAAACUAGUGCAAAAAUAGUGGAUAAUCUUGGAACAACAUUUAUGGCCAGACAAGAAUUGCAUUUAGAAAAGCAAAAGAAAUUGUAUGAGCAAAGUAAGAUGCCUUUUAAAGGCAGGCUUACCCCUGUAGCACAACAUAAAGCUAAAAAUAAAGAUAAAAACAGUGCCAAAGAGGCCGAUAACUCACAAGUUGCAUGGGCCACCCCAGCAGAGACGCCAACCAAAUUUGAUGUUGAAUCCGGGAACCGAGAAAACCUGCCACCAGUAAUAUCACGAUCUACAUCGAUAGCCACAAGUGUACUAAAUCCGUCCAAGUCACCAAGACCACCUCCACAACAACAGACACAAUCCAAUUUACAUUUACAAAAACUUCAAGAAGAUUCGUUUGCCAACAGUAAUGCCAACUUUUCAUUGAGGAAAAAUCGAACGCCGCUUAUCAGAUCCAGAGUACCUGCCAACACAACCAUUACUCGGCAUUCCCAUCCACCUUUUGAUGGUGAUAAAAAUACUGAAGCUGAGAACUCCACAUUACAUACAUCACGAUCUAGAACAGUGCUAGAUACCUCGCCAAGACCCAAAGUGCCAAGACUUGCAGGUCUGAAUGUUAAUAGAAUACGCAAUGCCAAAUUAAUUGCUGAGAGAGCUAUUAAGAGUAAGAAAGUAUUUUCUAUUCAUGGGCCUUACCCUGUUGUACGGGAAUGUUUAAGGAAGAGAGGAUGGGUUGAAAAACAGUACAGAUAUUUGGCACCACAUGUAUUUAAAAAUAAAAGUAAAGACAGCGAUGAUAGUGGAGACAGUGAUGACUCCGAUAAUGAUGAUGGUGAUGAUAACAAAGAUGAUGAUAGUGAUGAUGAUUUCGCUGGUCAUCAAGAGGAAAAUCUAGAAGAAAGUGACAGCAUAUAUGGUCUCAUGUCAAGGCUGGUACGCAAUGCCACACCCACUUUCAUCUGGACAGUGAGAAGAGAUUCCAUAGAUUAUAAAUACCUCAGGAGAGACACAAUUGUCAAUCAUUAUGCAAAGAAUGGUUCAUUUACAACUAAGGUUGGUCUAUGCACAAACCUUCGGAAUCUUCACUGGUUUCAGGAGGCUGACCAAGACACAUUUUUUCCACGGUGUUAUAAAAUUGGAAUAGAGGAAGAAAAAUCUGCCUUUGUUGAUGAUUUCAGAAUGAAUGCAGCUAUUGGAUUCCUUAAAUGGGUCAUAGCAUGUGAGAAUGGAGAGAUACUUGAUGUUGAAAAAACUGAAGCAGAAGAAGUCGAGAAGCAAGAUGAGAUGAAGAAUGAGGAUGAAGUCACUGAAGAGAAAAAUGAUGAAGUGAAGGAGAAUACAGAAGAUACAAAAGAUGAUAAUAAAAACAGUGAAGAAGCAGGGAAUAAAACUGUGCAAUCAGACUUAAAGAUUCACUUAGCAAAUAAUUCCAUCCAGAAGUAUUAUGACAACGAGGAGAGAUCACAUCACUUACCAGAUGAUAACAUGUGGAGCAGUGAACAGUUCUCAACAUGGCUGCAGAAAAGAGGACAUGGCGAUGUCUUUCAAGAAGUUAUAUACCCAGGAAUGAAAAAUGCAAUUAUCAGUGCCUUGCAGUGUACACAAGAUAUUAUUGAUCCUAGAAAGAAUUCCUUUGAAUUAUAUGGUGCUGAUUUCAUGGUAACGGAUGACCUCAAACCAUGGUUGAUUGAGAUUAAUUCCAGUCCAGCUAUGUCAGCUAGUUCUACCAUCACAGAGAAAAUGUGCUAUGAUGUGAUAGAAGAUACAAUGAAAGUUGUUUUAGACAGGAAAUUUGAUAAGAACUGUGACACAGGACAUUUUGAACUCAUACACAAACAGCAACAAGUUAUAGUACCUCCGUACAUUGGAAUCAACUUGCAUGUGGAAGGACAACCUAUUCGUAAACCAGGAUUUGUAUGCAAACAGAAAAGUAUAUCAACUGUAAUCAGUCCGAGAAUUCCUGAACUGUCACCAUACAAUAAAACUGUACCAAAAGCAACGAACAGCAACUUCGCUAUCAACAACUUCACUGUCAUUGACUCUGAAAUCUCCUCUAAAGAAGAUACCAGACAAAUCUGUGAGUCAGAGCAGUCAGAAUGAUAACCAAACGACAGCGAUUCAAGCGGAAGAGGUGAAAAAGAAACUCUCAGGUACGGGCAAAGAUGAAAUAGCUGUCAGAAAGACUUACCAAUUAAAGACCCUAAGUGAAUUUGGUCUUUCCACAAAACAGAAAGAGAAAUUUGCCCCUUACUUGGAUGCUAAUAAGGACAUAAAGAGCAGUCCAAGUGGGUUGGGUAGUUUUCGAAUUAGGUAUUCUCAAACAAGCAGACCACAACAUGCUAUACACAAGAAUUUCAAACCCAUGAAAGCUGCAAAAAUACCUCCCCCUUUGAAAUUGAAAUUCCAACAUCCAGAUGUAGAAAGCCGUGAUGUUAUUGUAGCUCAAGGACCCAGUGGGUUGUCUAUGUAUUCUACAGUUUAGUGAUUGUCAAUUCCUAUAGCUAGGACCAUUGCU